CUGGUAUUCUUGGAAGGAUUCACAAAUGGAAGAACGAAACUUCGGGAAUCUUCAAAGAUAAAAGCAAGUAUCCCACUUUAACGAGAAUGUCAUACUGCCAGUGUCGAUUGCGACUUGUUUUCUCUAGCGUGUUUAAAGAGUUUGGAUGGUCGCAUGUUGCACUGAUACUGGACAGAUCGGAUUUGUUCUCGCUAACUGUAGGUAAAAAUCUGGAAUAUGGUCUACGAAAAGACGGACUCUUGAAGUUCGUAAGAGAAUUGGACGGGAACUCCGAAGACGAGCCGUAUCACUUUUAUCUGCGCGAUGCGAGUAUGUAUGCUAGAAUUCUAAUACUGAGCGUCCGCGGAAUGCUAGUCAGAAAGUUCAUGUUGGCCGCACACGAAUUAGGAAUGACAAGAGGGGAUUGGGCUUUCCUCGACGUUGAGAUAUUUCAAGGCUCUUAUUGGGGAGAUCACGGCUGGGAAAUGGGAGAUGAGAACGAUACCGCUGCUAGAAAGGCUUACGAAGCUUUGUUAAGGGUAUCUCUUCUUCAACCAACUAGUCCACGAUUCCAAGAUUUCGCUGAUAGUGUUAGGCAACGUGCACAAUCCGACUAUAAUUAUACUUUUUCCGAAGGUGAAGAGGUAAAUUUCUUCAUCGGUGCGUUUUAUGACGGCGUUUACUUAUUAGGAAUGGCAUUGAACGAAACUCUGGCUGAAGAUGGCGAUAUCACGGAUGGCAUAUCUAUAACCAGAAGAAUGUGGGACCGAAAUUUCAAUGGUAUUACGGGCCAUGUCAGAAUAGACGACAAUGGAGAUCGUGAUGCGGAUUAUAGUAUUCUGGAUUUGGAUCCUAUUACUGGAAGAUUCGAGGUGGUCGCUCAUUAUCUAGGAUUAAAUCGAGAAUAUAAUCCUAUAACUGGUAAAAAUAUUCAUUGGCCGGGAGGGAAGGAAGGACCUCCGCCGGAUAUUCCAAAAUGCGGUUUUUUAGGGAAUGAUCCUGCUUGCACAUCAGGGACAGAAGCUUAUACGUUUGUAGCUUACACGAGCGUGGCACUCGCUGUGUUCUUCCUCAUUGCGAUUAUGGCCGCUUGUUUUUUAUACAGGCAUUUGCGAUUGUCUGCCGAUCUUAAUAAUAUGUCUUGGCGUAUAAAACCUGAAGAAUUGCUUCUCGAAGUUGGCAAGCAGUUCUCGUCUAAAAUAAAUCUACAUCAAGCGAUAUCUGACAUAAACAAUUUCGGAUUGGAACAAAGAAUCCGACGUGGAUCGCAAAUUAGUUGCGAAUCUUUACCUCCGACAACUGUCUUCACUACAGUUGGAAUUUAUAAAGGUGAAAGAGUAGCUAUAAAAAAGAUCACGAAAAAAAAAGUAGUUGAUAUCACAAAGAAAUUACUCUGGGAGAUUAAGCAAGUCAGGGAUGUCACAUCAGAGAAUACUGUCAGGUUUAUUGGAGCCUGCCUUUGUUCGCCUUCACCGACUGUUUUGAUUCUCACGGAAUACUGUCCUCGUGGAUCGUUGAAGGAUGUCUUGGAAAAUGAAGCUAUCAAACUAGACUGGAAUUUUCGAAUGUCCUUAAUCCACGAUAUCGUCAAGGGAAUGUCUUAUCUUCAUACCAGUGAAGUUUCCGCCCACGGAAAGUUACGUUCGUGUAAUUGCUUGAUCGAUAGCCGCUUCGUUUUGAAAAUUUCGGACUUUGGACUUAAAACUCUUACUACGCCCUCUGACUUGAUUAUGGACGAAAACUAUUAUACCAAAUUACUUUGGAUCGCUCCAGAGCUCUUGCCAUUAACGGUAACGCCCGGGAGCGUUGCGACACAAAAGGGCGAUGUCUACAGCUUCGCAAUCAUUUUGGAGGAAAUAGUGGUUCGUAGUGGACCAUAUGAAGUAGCCAGGACAUUUAUGACAGCGCAAGAAAUCGUAAGCAAGGUUUCAGCGUCAGAAAAUCCACCGUUAAGGCCAGAAGUUGCCCCAAAGGAUUGUCCAGCGGACAUAUUAUCACUGAUGGAAAGAUGUUGGCACGAAAUUCCCGAAGAACGACCCAGCUUCCAUAUGAUCCGCGGCAUAAUACGAAGAAUUAUGAGAGGAUACUGCGAGAAUUUGAUGGAUGAUUUAUUACGGCGGAUGGAACAAUAUGCCAAUAAUUUAGAGGCCCUCGUCGAGGAAAAGACUGAGCAAUUAAGCUUGGAGAAGCGUCGUAGCGAAGAAUUAUUGUAUCAAGUGCUUCCAAGGCAGGUCGCAGGUCAACUUAUGGCCGGAGAGAUGGUGCAACCAGAGCAAUUCGAGUCUGUCACCAUCUAUUUCAGCGAUAUUGUUGGCUUCACGGCAUUAUGCGCGCAAAGUACACCUAUGGAGGUUGUGGACUUCCUAAAUGAUCUUUACAGUACCUUCGAUCGUAUUAUCGGAUUCUAUGAUGUUUACAAGGUGGAAACUAUAGGAGACGCGUAUAUGGUCGUAUCUGGUCUUCCGGAAAGGAACGGCGAUGAACACGCAAGAGAGAUUGGACUCAUGGCUCUAGCAAUAUUAGACGCAGUCAAAUCGUUCACUAUAAUGCACAAACAAAACAGUCAACUAAGCGUUCGUAUUGGUGUGCACAGCGGUCCAGUCUGUGCCGGGGUGGUUGGUCAGAAAAUGCCUCACUAUUGUUUAUUUGGUGACACAGUGAAUACAGCGUCUCGAAUGGAAUCUUCUGGUCUACCUUUAAGAAUACAUGUUUCUGAAACGACGAAAAAUAUUUUGGAUAAAUUUGGGACUUUUGGUCUUGAGCUCCGAGGAGAGGUGGAACUAAAAGGAAAAGGCAGAGUGACGUCUUACUGGUUGACAGGCUGUUCAGAGCCUGACUCCAGAUUACCCGUGUCGAAAUAUCGUCGGCUCAGCAGCAGUCAACCCGAGACCAAUCUGAAUCCUUUAAUUUUUCCUCCGAAUAAUACAAACGGUCCUAAAUCCAAUAACAACACAUUCAUCAACUUGACAGAAUUGUAGUGAUAACGUUCAGUUCUUCAAACGCAAGAAAUUGCGUCGAAACUGCGAAUUAUGAAUGUGUUGCAGCUACUCGACAUCCACAGAUUAAAAUCGUUAAUAAUCGUCAUAGAAUCUAUUCUCUUUUCGUGUCUUCAUUCCGACAAACAAGCGCGAAAUAACAUUGUACCAAUGUGAAUUGGGUAUAAUAUCGUAACAAAUAUAUUGUUUAGGCUUGUUACAACUUUUAUUCGGAAUUUUACAUCGACAGUUUGUAAUUUACUUACAUAAAAUUUAAUAGACUCUUCUAGAACAGGUAUGCGUAUUAAAUUAGUAUUAGUUGAAGGACACUGCGCUCAUUUUAGUUUUGUCUCACAAUAGAGCUACAUCAUACUAUUCGUACAUACAAUUUAAUCCAUUUGUCUAUAUAAUAACAAUUUACAUAAACUAUGAUUUCUUAUCCUCAUCUAAGAUGUAAAAGUUUGCAAAAAGACAUAAAGCUGUUCAACUUUACUACUUUUUCAGAAUACUUAAAUAUUACAGUGCCUUCU